AGAAGGAAGCGUUUGAGUCUUCCGGUUGUCCAAGAUUGCGCGGAGUAUAUUUCAGCAGGUGGCGGCGAGCGGGUGCUGAUGGGGGACGAAAAGGACACCUGGAAAGUGAAAACACUCGACGAAAUUCUCCAAGAGAAGAAACGCAGACGGGAGCUGGAGGAGAGUACGGAGCCCAAACGUCUGAAAAAUUGCGUUCCGUGCCCUGUUCCACAGACGGAUGAUCGGGAAGCCAAACGGGACACUCCGGAAGAAGGAGAACUACGGGAUAAAAAAAUGGAAAUAACAAUCCGGAAUUCCCCGUACAUACGGGAAGAUUCCACAGAGGACAGGGGCAGCCUGUUUGUUGAGCCGUUGGCACUAGACAGUCUUCCCAAUUCCAGGGGAGAAGAGGAUGAAUCGCUGGCAAUAAAGCCUCCCCAGCAAAUUACCAGAAAAGACAAAUCUCACCACAGAAAGGAGGAGAAAAGAAAGGACAAGAGACGCCGCCGCAGUCACUCUGCUGAAGGAGCAGCAGGGAAACGCGUUCGGCCCAAAGACAAGGACAGGGAGAGUGAGCGCAGAAAGCGGCAGUGGGAGGAGCAAGACAAGGCCCGGCGAGACUGGGAGAGGCAGAAACGCAGGGAACAGGCCAGAGCACAAUCCCGCAGAGAGAGAGCUCCUGACAGGAUUCCCCCGUCUUCCCCGGACUACAGGGACAGGUUGGAGCAGGUGGAGCGCCAGCGCGAGAGGGACCGCAAGCUCCGCGAGCAGCAGCAGAAGGAGCAGCGUGAGCAGAAGGAGAGGGAGAGAAGGGCAGAGGAGCGCCGGAAAGAGCGCGAGGUGCGCCGAGAAGUUCCGUCCCACCACCGUGCGCUGCCCGAUGAGUACGGUGACAAGCCCAAACAGAGCCACCGCAGUCGCAGCCCUAACCAGGCUCCCCGGGAUAGACUGGAGCAAAACAGCGAGCCACACAGAACUGCGGCAAAGGAUGAGAAGCCUGAGGACAAGGACCUUCUCUCUGACCUCCAGGACAUCAGUGACAGUGAGAGGAAGACCAGUACAGGAGAGUCCUCCUUAGGUUCAGGGUCAGGCUCGGAUGAUGAGGAGAAUGAUGAUGGAUCUAGCAGCGAGGAAGAGGAAUCGGGUUCGGGCUCAGGAGAAUCUGACCAGACUGCAGGUGACGUGAGUGAAGACGAGCGGUCUGAGGAAGAGUUUGAGGAAGAAAGAGAAAACAGCAACCAUAUUGCUCCAGUUGUAACUGCCCCCUCAUUAACCAUCCCAGUGCCUGAGUCACGAUUUGACCAUGACACUGAGGAAAGUGGAGAGGAGGAGGAGGAGGAGGAGGAGGAAGCAGGGGAGGGAGACGUCACCCCCCAGUCGGUGUCCCACUCCCACUCAGCCACCCCUGAACCUGAGGAGAACUACAGCCCUGACUCUCCUCCCAUCUCCCCGGUGGAGCUAAAGAAGGAGCUGCCCAAGUACCUGCCAGCUCUACAGGGGUGUCGCAGUGUGGAGGAGUUCCAGUGUCUUAAUCGCAUCGAGGAAGGGACCUACGGUGUGGUGUACAGGGCCAAGGACAAAAAAACAGAUGAGAUUGUAGCCUUGAAGCGUUUGAAGAUGGAGAAGGAGAAAGAAGGUUUCCCCAUCACGUCUCUGAGAGAGAUCAACACCAUUCUGAAGGCCCAGCACCCCAACAUUGUCACUGUCAGGGAAAUCGUUGUUGGAAGCAACAUGGACAAGAUCUACAUUGUUAUGAACUACGUGGAGCACGACCUGAAGAGCUUGAUGGAGACCAUGAAACAGCCUUUCCUGCCAGGCGAAGUGAAGACCCUGAUGAUCCAACUGCUGCGAGGCGUCCGCCAUCUCCACGACAACUGGAUCCUCCACCGCGACCUGAAGACCUCCAACCUGCUGCUCAGCCACAAGGGGAUCCUUAAGGUGGGGGACUUUGGUCUGGCCCGUGAGUAUGGUUCUCCCCUGAAGCCCUACACGCCUGUGGUGGUGACACUGUGGUACCGUUCUCCAGAGCUGCUGCUGGGAGCCAAAGAGUACUCCACAGCUGUGGACAUGUGGUCUGUGGGCUGCAUAUUUGGAGAGCUCCUUACCCAGAAACCUCUCUUCCCUGGAAAAUCUGAAAUCGACCAAAUUAACAAGAUAUUUAAGGACUUAGGGUCGCCCAGCGAGAAGAUUUGGCCGGGCUACAACGAGCUCCCUGCUGUGAAGAAGAUGACUUUCACAGAGUACCCCUACAACAACAUGCGCAAGCGCUUCGGAGCCCUGCUUUCAGACCAGGGCUUCGACCUCAUGAACAAGUUCCUCACCUAUUGCCCCAGCAAGAGGAUCCUGUCGGAUGAGGCACUGAAGCACGAGUAUUUCCGGGAGACGCCGCAGCCCAUCGACCCGUCCAUGUUCCCCACCUGGCCCGCCAAGAGCGAGCAACAAAGGGUGAAGAGGGGCACCAGCCCGCGCCCCCCCGAGGGAGGCCUGGGCUACAGUCAGCUGGGUGACGAUGACCUGAAAGACACCGGCUUCCAUCUGACCACCAGCAACCAAGGGGCUUCUGCUGUGGGCCCAGGGUUCAGCCUCAAGUUCUGAGCUGCACAUGGAGGACAGGACACCCUGUGUAUGCAAAAAGAGAGACUAGCAUGGUCACCUGACCAGACAAUGAGUCAUGGGACAUGUAGGUUUUAAUGUGGCUGGGCUUAUUGUGGGAAUGGCCUCCGGUGUCAGGGGUCAGCUUACUGCCCUCACUGUGACCCUGUGAGGGUACAGACUGGUCAUUACAUGACAUGAACCACGGACAAAUCCGCUUAUUGUCUCUUUCCGUAUGGAUGAAUCCCAACAGUUAAACCGUCACUUCUUUUAACAUUCUCGACUCUGACAAGUACAUCGAAACCAAACUACAAUUUGUAAGUAGCUUAGCUCAUAUUGGCUUUAUGUUUUGUUUUCCGCCUUUUUUUUACACUGCGGAAAAGGACCAGAUUUUAAGUGGUUGGUAUUUGAGUACUGGAGCUACUGUAUAAUAAUGAAGCAGCGUUAGAUCCAUGUCAAUCCAUCAUAUUGUAAGGACUUAACUGUUUGACUGACGGCUGACAUACCAGGACAUGUUUUUGCUAGAAAUAAAAUGUAAAACUCUUUUGCUGGCAUUUAUAAAUGCUGUCUGAGCUAAGCAAACAGCACCACACACUGCCUGCCAAAGAAAAAAAGAAAGGACGUCGAGUCCAACACAAAUUCCAGCCUUGAACUCGGCUCUAUAGUAACCGUCCAAGAGUGAUGUCCUCCUUUGCACUGCACACUUUGUCUCAGGACAUUUCAGGGGAAAGAGCCCCUGAUUGUCUUUGUUGUUGAAGUGGCUCAUGAUUUUUAGGCCUAAACCAUCAAGUUAUUUGAUUUCUAGCUAGAGGAAAAUAAACCAUACAUUCUCAAUCUUGGGAUACGGCUGGCUGCUCGGACUGGAACAGUUGAAAAACUUUCCCUCGUAUGGGGUACUCCUUAGAAUCAGCAGAAAUUGACAUGCAUUAAUCAGUUUAUCUGCGAGUCCCCUCUAAGCCCUUCUGUGGAGUAUUACACCUGAUGUGUCAAAUGAGUAGGCAAAGCAUUGGGGCCACCUAAAGGAUAACUAAACUAGCUGGAUGUCUUAGGUGUUUCAUAUCUAAAUAAAGGUUGAAACAGUU